AUGGCAAACCUUGUAAAAUCAAACACAGAAGGAAAAUUACAGCUUGCCGAUAUUGACGAAUUUGGAUUGCCUAUCCAAAACUUGAACCAGUCCGCGCAGCCGAACAACGAUGAACUUCCAGACCCUGAGAAUCAGAUGAAAACUGCGAAGGAAAGCACACAAGAGUCAAGCUUAUCGAAAAACGACGAAGCAGCGUUUGCUACCACAUCCAACAUAAUUUUACAGUCGACUCAGAAGGAACGUGUUUCGCAAUCCACAUCUACUAUUAGUCUCUCCAAUAUAGCGAAAGAACUCCCAACGAUGGAUCCUCCCGACAUAUCAGAGAAUCCAAACAAGCCCCAGUCACAAGACUUAGAGGCUUCAAACAGCCACAAGCGCGGGUCAAGCCAGGGGGCUUUCGUUUCGGAAUGGUCACAUCAACGUAUUGCUGUAGACGAGGAUGAGGUCAAUGAAGAUGACAACCUUGAUGAAGAUGACUGGAAAGAUAUGCCUGCUUUGGGGGGAUUUGAUGUUUAUGACGAUUAUGGCAGGAUUGUUGCUCGCGGAGCACCCCAGGAAGAUGAUGCAGCUGUAUAUCAGGGGUUGGGGGGUGCCGGGAAAGGAUACACUAGGGUCCAGAUUGACGAAGAUGCACAGUCAGUCACCAGUCUAGAUGACGAUACGAAAUACCUUUUCAAGGAGCCAGAAAGCAACGCAAUUGGGGUUGAAGAAGAACAACGAGAUCCUCUCGCACAAUUACAAGCCACGAAAGAUCUUCUAACUGAAGGACAAAGAAUUGCAUACGUUGGGGUGACAAGGCUAAUGAUCUACCAAAUGGUAAAAGAGGUUGAGGCUGUUCAUCCAUCAAGAUCCACAAAGAAGUACAUAGUUUCGGCAAUCGAUUCCAUGGCCAAAUGGGGCCAACAGAUGAUGAUACGGCUGUAUACACAUAUGGAUAUUGACUCUGCGGAACAAAUCAUGAUCGAGCAGCUGGCAGAGCAUGGUGUCCAACCAGCCGACCUUGUCCCACCACUUAUGAGAAAUUCGCGAAUUAAAAACCCUAUGUGUAGCGAGACUACGUUCAGACCUUCCACUUCCUCUGCUGCGGCGGAGGAUAAGCCCCCUAAUUCAAGUGAAACAUCGGUAGCUUCCGAACCGCGCUCGUCGCCAUCCGUACUACCCCCUCCCUACGACUACCGCGGCGAUGAAGAUUCGCCAAAUGUCAAAAUUCCGUCCGAAAUGCCGGCGUCAGAAAGUAUUGACGUCGAUAUUCGAUGGACUGUGCUCUGCGAUCUCUUUUUAGUUCUUAUUGCGGACUCAACGUACGAUGCUCGCUCACGGCGAUUAUUGGAGCGAGUUGGAGAGUCCUUGAAUGUGUCAUGGUCACAAAUAUGUCGGUUUGAAAAGCGGGUUAUUGAUGCUUUGGAAAUGCAAGAGGAGAAAAGUAAGGAGACCUGGGAUGAGGCAGGAAAUAUGGAAGCGCGGCGGAAACAAGCGCUAAAGAAGAGAUAUAUGAUCAUGGGCCUUGCAACCGUGGGUGGGGGAUUGGUAAUUGGCCUCUCAGCAGGGUUGCUUGCUCCAGUUAUUGGUGCGGGUCUUGCGGCGGGGUUUUCUACUAUUGGAAUCACGGGGACUGGUGCCUUCCUAGGAGGCGCUGGCGGUACAGCACUCAUAGCAUCUGGUGCUACGCUUACUGGUGGAACAAUUGCAGUCCGAGCGUCCCAUAGAAGAACUGGUGCCGUAAAAACGUUUGAAUAUCGGCCCUUGCAUAAUAAUAAAAGGGUCAACCUUAUUGUUACCGUUUCUGGGUGGAUGACUGGUAAAGUCGACGACGUCCGAUUACCGUUCAGUACUGUGGACCCUAUCAUAGGUGAUAUCUAUUCCGUUCUUUGGGAACCGGAGAUGCUUCAAAGUAUGGGAGAUACUAUUAAUAUUCUCGCUACAGAGGCUCUCACUCAAGGCCUUCAGCAAGUCCUAGGAAGUACUAUCCUUGUCGCUCUAAUGGCGUCUUUACAACUGCCAAUUGUGUUAACCAAGCUUUCGUAUUUGAUUGAUAAUCCGUGGAAUGUCUCCCUCGUCCGAGCCAAUGCAACCGGCCUCGUCAUGGCAGAUUCCAUCAUUGCUCGGAACUUAGGCAAUCGACCUAUAACCUUGAUAGGCUUCUCCCUAGGAUCACGCGUAAUCUUCUCUUGUUUGAAGGAGCUAGCGAGCAAAGGUGCCUAUGGGCUAAUUCAAAACGUCUAUUUGUUCGGUUCCCCAAUAGUCGCAAAUAAAGACGAAUAUAUGAAAGCGCGAAGCGUUGUAUCUGGCAGGUUCGUUAAUGGCUAUGCUUCCAAUGAUUGGAUUUUGGGGUACCUAUUCCGAGCAACCAGCGGUGGAAUUAUGCGGGUAGCCGGUCUUGCUCCUGUUGAGAAUGUUCCUGGCAUUGAAAACAUGGAUGCAACGCAGUUCGUCAAUGGGCACAUGGCCUAUCGCGCGGCGAUGCCAAAACUACUUCGCCAGCUAGGCUGGGAAGUGGAGAGCGAUGAGUUUACUGAAAUCGAAGAUCCUGACCCGGACAAACAUUCGGAAAGACAGCGAGAGUUGAUUCGCGAAAUCGAUGAAGCACGGAAAGAGGCUGAGGCACAGCCUGACAAAGCUAGGUUUGGUUUCUUCAAACGUGGAAAACUGGCCGAAAAAAAGGGGUGGGAAACUUACGAUGUCGAUCACAAGGACCAUGCUUCACGACGUUCUACCGAGAGCGGUGUCGGUUCUGCUUCUGAUCAUGUUCUGUUUGAUAUCGAUGCUAUCCGCGCCGAGUUAGAAUCGGAGCAAAUGGAAGUGAAACAGUUAGAGUCCACUCUACCCCCGAUAAAAAUUGAUCUCAAUGCACCGUCCCCACUGCCUCGAUAUUCAUCAAAUGAGAAGCCUUCGGCAAGUUCCGAGACGGUAUCGAAUACGGAGAUGCGAGAAACCGAUGACUACCCUUACCGUUUAUCUUCGGGAACAACAUCGCGUACUGAUAUUGGCCGCCCACGAAACUCAGACGAAGUCAACCAUGACAAUCAUGAAGACAACAUACAGAUGACUUUUGAUACGUCAUAUGUCAGCCCUCCUUCAUACUCACCACCGGCCUUGGCUUCAUCUUUAUCCCACGACUUGUCCCGUGAUUUGUCCUCUAGGAAUUUAACCCCAUCGCCAAUACCGUCUCAAGGAGCCAGCCCAAGGUUUGGCAGUAUUAAUCUCAACCACAAUGCGUGGGCUGAUGACGAUUACGAUGAACGAAAAGAUGGAGAUAUUAAGAUGACUUUUGGGUAG